CACAAGAUAUGAUAAAAUUAAUUCCCAACGACCCUUUAUGAACCAUGCAUAUUAUUACGAUCAGACCAGUCCCCACUUCACAUUGAAUAUUUCCUUAAAAAAGAGUAAAUCAUAAAAAAGUUCAUGGACAAAACCCUAAAUUUUCCUCUUACAGAUUCACAAUUUAAAACCGAUCCUAAAAUCUCAAAUAAAAACCCAAAUCCAACUGAAGCCAUAAAAAGCCCUAAAUAUCAAAACCCAAGAUUAUAAAAUCCAAGUAUCUGCGUCUCCGGUUGGAUUGUGUAAAACUACUAACAAUGGCAAAAUUCAAUGCGCCGGUGCGCAACUAUCGACAAGAGCAGCGGUCAAAGAAAUCACAGCGGAAGAGGCAGAGAGCAGGCGAUCCCUCCACCUACAAGCUCAAGCUUGCUCCCCCUCCUUCCUCUCUCUCCGGCAAACAAAAGAAAAAAUUGCUCAAAAAAUGGCGCCUGGAACAAAAGAAAGCCCUGGAGAAUGGGUUGGUGAGCAUGGAAGAUAUCCAGAUGAUGUCUGUGGAAAACCAAGAUGAAGCUGUAGGUGAAAAAUCUCAGGCGACAAGUGCAAGGCCCUCCAUGCAAUUGCACAUGAAGAAGCGGGCCAAGUUGAAGAUUUUGAAAGGAAAAGGCAAAGGGAAAGGAAAUGCAAAGGCCAGUAUUUCAGUUCAAGUAGAUACAAUGGUAGAAUAAUCAUGGGAGAGGGCUUCUGCUGUUAAACUGUAAAGGUAUAUGCAGAAUUAUGCCAGAGUUCGUUGGAGGAGGAAACUUCCCAACUAAAAAGUGCACUUACAGGUUGCACUGUUUUGUAUGCAACUUAGUGUAUAUGACAAACUGUAAUGGAAUUUUGUGAUUGCAUCAUUAUUAAUGUUGACAGGUUUUAGUACUAUUCCUAAAACGAGAUGAAAAAUUCUAAAUAAUUAAUGAUAAUAGCAUUUGUUUGAUCA